AUGGCAAGCGGGAGCUGGGCCCGCCCCUCCAGCCCGCAGCCCCCGCCCCCCCGCCCGGCUCCUCAACACAAACUUUCCGUCCCGCUCGCUCCCUCCUCCGCGCACAGCACCUCCCGCUCCGGCCCGGCUCAUUCCGUGCAUUCCGGCCAUCCCCCUGCCCACGACCCCCCUUCCCGGCCCCCCUCGCUACUCCCUCGGGCCCGGCGGAGCGGCCCGGCGGAGCGCCCCCCGGAGCUCGGAGCAGGCUCACACCAUCCAGGGGGCUCAGGCCCAGAGCCCAGAGCAACCAGCACAAUAGCGUCCAACAGCUGGACCGCCAACAGCAGCCCCGGGGAGGCCCGGGAGGAUGGGUCCGAAGGCCUGGACAAGGGGCUGGACAACGAUGCCGAGGGAGUGUGGAGCCCGGACAUCGAGCAGAGCUUCCAGGAGGCCCUGGCAAUCUACCCGCCCUGCGGCCGGCGCAAGAUCAUCCUGUCGGAUGAGGGCAAGAUGUACGGUCGAAAUGAGCUGAUUGCCCGCUACAUCAAACUGAGGACGGGAAAGACCAGGACGAGAAAACAGGUGUCUAGCCACAUACAGGUUCUAGCUCGGAAGAAGGUCCGGGAAUACCAGGUUGGCAUCAAGGCCAUGAACCUGGACCAGGUCUCCAAGGACAAAGCACUCCAAAGCAUGGCAUCCAUGUCAUCUGCACAGAUUGUCUCUGCCAGCGUCCUGCAGAACAAGUUCAGCCCACCCUCCCCUUUACCCCAGGCUGUCUUCUCCACCUCCUCAAGGUUCUGGAGUGGCCCCCCUCUGCUAGGACAACAGCCUGGACCAUCUCAGGACAUCAAGCCCUUUGCCCAGCCUGCCUACCCCAUCCAGCCUCCCCUGCCACCAACACUCAACAGUUAUGAGUCCCUGGCCCCACUGCCCCCAGCCCCUGCCUCUUCUGCCUCUGCGCCUGCGUGGCAGGACCGCACCAUCGCCUCUUCCCGGCUACGCCUCCUGGAGUACUCUGCCUUCAUGGAGGUGCAACGGGAUCCUGACACGUACAGCAAACACCUGUUUGUGCACAUCGGCCAGACAAACCCUGCCUUCUCAGACCCACCGCUGGAGGCGGUGGAUGUACGACAGAUCUAUGACAAGUUCCCUGAGAAGAAGGGGGGGCUGAAGGAACUCUACGAGAAGGGGCCCCCAAACGCCUUCUUCCUUGUCAAGUUCUGGGCUGACCUCAACAGCACAAUUCAAGAGGGCCCUGGAGCCUUCUAUGGGGUCAGCUCACAGUACAGCUCAGCUGACAGCAUGACCAUCAGUGUCUCUACCAAGGUGUGCUCCUUCGGCAAGCAGGUGGUGGAGAAAGUAGAGACCGAGUAUGCCCGCCUGGAGAACGGCCGCUUCGUGUACCGCAUCCACCGCUCACCCAUGUGCGAGUACAUGAUCAACUUCAUCCACAAGCUGAAGCAUCUACCUGAGAAGUACAUGAUGAACAGCGUGCUAGAGAACUUUACUAUCCUGCAGGUGGUCACAAGUCGGGACUCGCAGGAGACCCUGCUCGUCAUCGCUUUUGUCUUCGAAGUCUCCACGAGCGAGCACGGGGCACAGCACCAUGUCUACAAGCUUGUCAAAGACUAGCACACCUUUGACUCCACAAGGGUGCAAGGCAGACUUGUACACACCUGCCUGCCUGGCCUCCCGGGGUGUGGGUUGGGGGACUCACUCACCCAUGGGUUUCAGGCUGGAACCCAGGCCCUAGUACACACGCUCCCCGCCACUGUUCAGCGCUUUAUUGGAGAGAAGAGGGUUCCAUGGUGAUGUGGCCUUCCUGGUCAUUGACCCCACAGUUGGCUGGGCUCCACCUGGCCUCAAGUGAUGUAAGAGUUGGGGGUCGGAGGGCACCUGCAGGCAUGGUCUCUGCCCCCGAGGGAAUGUGGGAGUAGAAUGGGAGCCAGAGGGGCAGCUAAUUAGGCUGCCCUGGUACAAGGAGUCAAGGUAGGGGCUGAGCUAAGAAGGGCCCAGACUUUGUACCUCCUGGGUACCAGCCUUUUCCCAGCCCUCUUGCACAGUAAGCCUGGAUCUCCUGUAUCAGACAAAGUGCCAAGAUGGAGGUCCACAGAACUGGGCAGAGCUAGAGCCUAGGUUCAGCUACCUCCCUACAACAGGCUACAGGAAACAUCCUGACCAGUGGUACAGCUGGGCUGGAGGCUGGACAGGGUGCUGCCCUGUUCUCCCCAGCCUAUCAGCUAGAAGGCACCCCUUCAACGUCCUAAAGACAGGAGGCAGGAACUUGAGGAGCCCUUGUCUCCUCCCCUGCUUUAUCCAGGCCCCAGGGUCAACUGUCCUGUUCCCAGGUCACCUGGUAUUUAUGAGUUUCAAAUGAAGUACUGUGCCCCUCUCCUCAUCCCGCCCGCCCGAGCUUUCCUGAAGGUUUUCACCGUUCACAACUGCUCAGGCCCACCUCCAAACCCCACCUAGGUUUUAUAACAUGUAUUAUAUUUUUGUGUAUUUUUAAAUCCAGCUGUGAUGGGCUAUGUCAUAAAUGGCUCAAGAAGGCAGGGGCCCGACUUUAGGCCUGACUCCUGCUAAAAAAAUUAAAAGCUGUUUCUGGGUCAG